CAGAGGAAAUGGCUUCAGUCCCCCACUACUUCCUGCUGGUUCUGGUGGCUCUGGACUCUCAGGCAGCUCAGCCCUCCUGUUGGCCGGGAUGCACCUGCUCAGAGGAGGACUUUGGCAGGGCUCUGCGGUGCGCAUCUCUCUCUCUGGGAAAGAUCCCAGGGAACCUUUCUGAAGAGUUCAAGCAAGUGCGAAUUGAACGUUCAUCCUUAUUCGAACUGCCCCAAGGUUCCUUCUUCAACAUGAGCACCUUGGAAUACCUUUGGCUCAACUUUAACAGUGUCGCUGUGAUCCACCUGGGAGCCCUGCAGCACCUGUCGGGGCUGCGAGAGCUGAGACUGGCGGGGAACCAGCUCCGCUCAGUGCCGUGGACCGCGUUCCGCGCCACCCCGCUCCUGCGGGUUCUGGAUCUCAAACACAACAGGAUCGAUGUACUCCCCGAGCUGGCUCUCCAGUUCCUGGUCAGUCUCACCUACCUUGACCUGUCUUCCAACAGGCUUACAGUUGUGUCCAGCAGUGUCUUCCUGAACUGGCCAGCCUACCAGAAACACCAGCGUCCUGGCUCCGGGGCCAAGACUCUCUCCAGCCUGGUGCUGGCGUUGCACAGUAACCCCUGGUCCUGUGACUGUCGCCUCAGGGGCCUUGUCCAGCUUGUAAAGUUCACCCACUUUUCGGUCAUCCUGGUGGACCCCUACCUGAUGUGCCGGGGCCCCCUCUCCAAGGCGGGACAAUUUGUUCAUGAAACUGAGCUCAGUGCUUGCAUGAAGCCCCAUGUCUCCACACCCAGCACCAAUGUCACGGUCCAGGUGGGACACAAUGUAACCCUGCGGUGCCUGGCACAGGCCAGCCCUUCACCAACCAUCGCGUGGACAUACCCCCUGAGCACGUGGAGGGAAUUUGAUGUGCUGACCUCGUCUCCCACGGAAGAGGCUGCGGUGUCGGAGCUGCUCAUACCCGCCGCCCACCCCGCCGACCGGGGCAACUACACCUGCGCGGCCUCCAACUCCGUGGGCCGGGGCGCCGCCGUCAUCGCCCUGCACGUCCAGCCCGCCCCCGCCCUGCCCGCACCCCGUUCGCUGCCCGUCCCCGCGGGGGGCAGCGCCUACGUGGACCUGCGGGUCGUCAGGCAGACAGUGCACGGGGUCCUCCUGCAGUGGCUGACGGUGGCCGACACCGCGGAGGAGACGGGGUUCACCCUGCACGUGGCCUCGGAGGCAGCCCCCCGCGCGGAGCAGGUGGUCCACGUGGGCCCCGGCAUCCGCACCUACGCUCUGGACGACCUGCUCCCGGGCACCAGGUACAAGGCCUGCCUCGGCCCGGGGGUCCAGCCGCCGCACCUGGGCCGGUGCGUGGUCUUCGUGACCGGCAGGGACAGCGGGGGGCCGGGGUCCCGCGAGCGCCUCCUGCACGUCUCGGUGGUGCUGUGCGCUGUGCUGCUCACCGUGCCCGUGGGCGCCUACGUCUGGGCGGCCCGCGGCCUCUGCGGGCAGGGGGGCCUGCGCUGCUGCCCUCACAAUAGGAGAGCCCCCCGGUGCCCCCAGGCAGCCCCGCCGCACAAGGGUGACUCCUACGGAGACCCCUCAGCUGUCUGUGAGGGUGGCCUGGGGCCCAGAGACACCGAGGAGGGCGAGGGAAACCGUGGGCCUCCAGGGCCCAGACUGACCCUCGGCGGCCACUCAGCGUAGCUUGAGCCAUUUGUCCGACAAGUGUUUACUGAGCCCCUCUGGUGUCCCUGGCACUGAACUUGACGCGGUGACCAAGGACACACGGUUCUGAGCGCCUCGGAGCUGAUGCCCAUGGAGCUGUGCCCGUCCCGCUACCCUGCCAUCAUAGGUGGUGUCUGGAGAUCCCGUGUCGCUCUUUCCACACACAGAGCCCUACCACACGUACAUGUUCACACGCAACACUCACGUGUAACAUCUCACACGCGUUAUCCUGUCACAGAAAGGUAGGGCUCUGCCUCUUCACAGGCGGACACCCCGACCCGCUCCGUGUCACCCGCCUCGUGGCAGCCGAGGCUCACCGGGAGAGGUCCUGGUUCCACCGUCUCCGCGAAGGGCCCGCUUAGCAGCGUCUGCGUCUCCUAUUGGCCACCCGGGGCCAGUCUCCCUCGCAAGGGCAAGCUCCCCAGAGACCCGCGAGUUUGUUUCAACAAGCUGUGCUCUGGGUGGUCAGAGCCUGACGGGUGCGCAGCUUGGACUGA